GAAAUUGUAAAUAUGUUGAAGUUGUACUUGUUACAAGGUUUGCUGUGUCUUAUUUGUUGGCGCACGUCACAAGCAAUAGAUCGUCAUAUGAUUUGUAAAGACGUUCAAGAUGUGUUUACGACUGAAUCCCAAACGUCUCUAACUCACAACCAAACAGCAAAAACACAGGGUAGACCCGGAAAAAGAGGUGCAAAAGGCUCGCGAGGCAACAAAGGUGAAGUUGGACCACAGGGUCUACCUGGUGAAACAGCAGUCGUAGAUUACGACAGAAUUGAGUUGAUAAUCCAGAACAAAGUCGUAACAGAAUUCCAGAAGUUGUUACCAAGACUGGAAUAUUUGGAGGAUCGUUUUGAGAAAGCUUGGUGUCAUGUGAAACAUGAUAACAUAUGUUUCUUUGUGACCUUUGAAAAGAUGAACUAUGUGAGAGCAAAACAAGAAUGCAAAAAAAUUGGCGCCGAACCCGCUAAUAUAUACAGCAAAGAACAAUACGAUAAAUUAACUUCAUACAUUAGAUCUGUAUUUCCAGAUGGUAGAUACUACAUUGAACCAUGGCUUGGAAUGACAUACAAAAAAACGGACGGUGAAGUUUAUCUGAGAGGUGGUACAUUAGCACCGUACAUGAUAUGGUACCCUGGUUACCCAUCAGCAAACGCGGCAUACACUCAAAUCAACCUUCAAGUUCGACCAGAUCCCAGCACAUCCCCUCAAAAUAUGUGGAAUUAUGAUCCAAACAAUGCGCGUGAUGGUGUUGUCUGUGAAUUUUGAAGAAUGGACAUCUACAUUUAUCACAUCGUGAAAAUUUAAAAAUCGUAAUAAUUGCUUUUCUUUACAGUUUUAAACGUUUUUAUAUUACGAUUAAA